GAAGACCCGUGAGGAAAGGGUGGCUUUGACAGCUUGUCCUGUUUGGAGGCCGUCGUGUUUUUCUUGGUGUCUUAGAGAAAGAAGUUCGGAAAGGGAAUGAGUUUGGAAACUGCCCUGCAGCACGUGGGCCCACGGUCCUGACUCGCAGUGCCAAUGACUGGCUGUGCCACCUGCCUUCAUUGUCCCAGGAAAGGCCUGAGGUGAUCCAGAAUUAAAAGGAGCUGUGCUAACGUCGAACGAGCAAUUUGCAGGUUCUAAAGCUACCUAACGAUGGCCUGCUGCUUCUUCUAGGACAGGCAUUCAGUUUUACCUGGUCUCUGUAUGUUGUCAUCUUCUCUACACCUGGUUCCUAUGCUAGUCCGGCUUGUUCAUUCCCAGAUCCGCAGUUCUUCCCGUUCCUCCAUGGAUUUAAAGGCUCUCCUCUCCUCCUUGAAUGACUUUGCAUCCCUUUCCUUUGCUGAGAGCUGGGACAAUGUUGGACUGCUGGUGGAACCCAGCCCACCGCAUACUGUAAACACACUGUUCCUAACCAAUGACUUGACUGAGGAGGUAAUGGAAGAGGCACUGCAAAAGAAGGCAGAUCUCAUCCUCUCCUACCACCCACCGAUUUUCCGUCCUAUGAAGCAUAUAACUUGGAAAACUUGGAAGGAACGCUUGGUGAUUCGGGCUCUGGAGAACCGAGUUGGCAUUUAUUCUCCUCACACAGCCUAUGACGCAGCUCCCCAGGGAGUGAACAACUGGUUGGCCAAAGGGCUUGGACCUUGCACCUCCAGGCCCAUUCAUCCAUCCCAAGCUCCCAACUGCCCCACAGAUGGAACUCACCGAGUAGAAUUCAGUGUUAACCAUACCCAGGACCUGGACAGAGUUAUUUCUGAAGUGAAAAGAAUUGAAGAUAUUUCUCUCACUUCUUUUUCUGCUAGGGUUGAUAAUGAGGAACAAACCAGGAUCAGUUUGAAUUGCUCUCAGAAGGCUUUGAUGCAGGUUGUGGCUUUCCUGUCCCAGAAUAGACAACUGUAUCAGAAGACUGAAAUUCUAUUACUGGAGAAGCCUUUGCUUCUCCACACUGGAAUGGGACGAUUAUGCACACUGGAUGAACCUGUGUCCCUGGCAACCAUGAUUGAGCGAAUCAAAAGACACCUAAAACUACCUCACCUUCGUUUAGCUCUGGGAGUAGGGAAGACCUUAGAGUCCAGAGUGGAAGUGGUGGCCCUGUGUGCUGGGUCCGGAAGCAGUGUUCUACAAGGGGUCCAGGCCGACCUCUACCUCACAGGUGAAAUGUCACAUCAUGAUAUUCUGGAUGCUGCUUCCCAGGGAAUAAACGUGGUCCUCUGUGAACACAGCAACACUGAACGAGGCUUUCUUUCUGACCUUCGAGAUAUGCUGGGUGCACACUUGGAGAAUAAGAUUAAUAUUAUCCUGUCUGAGACUGACCGGGACCCUCUCUGUGUGGUCUAACACACACAUGAACAUAAGGAUACAGAACAUAAGGACGAUAUCAUGUGGAUCUGAACUUGAAUUCCUAACAUGAGUACAUAGCGAUGAUAUUCUUCCAGGGAAGUGUCCAAGGGUGUAUUAUCAUUUUUUAUUUGUUAACCUGUUUUAUUGCUCAUAAAGUUAAAAAAAAUGUAAUUUAACAUUAAAGAAUGAAUAUUCACUACAAAUCUUAGGAAGAAUUAACUGAACUGUUGACUAAACAUUUUGGGGAAGUAGCUCAAGUAAUUUUCUCUUAGAGAUGGGAUGUGCCAAUCUAUCUCUGUCACUGAUCUAUUUAAAAACAUGCUUUACAUUUUUUGG